ACAAAGUGUAAAUAUGAAGGAUACAGUUUAUCCUUAUGAUAUGAUAGACUAUGCAUAUAUUAGUGUUAUGUUUUGGUAAGACUACUAUUUUAGAGCUUUAAACCUUUUAGCUAAAUAAAUAAGAUAAGAUACAUUAUUAUGCAUUAUUAAGGUUUUACUUCACUUUAAAUGGGGUGAUAUGUAAGAUUUUUAGUUGAAAGCAUUCAAAAAUGAUCGAAAAUUAUCUACAUUAUGUGAAUAAAUGGCAGUUUUUACAUUAUUAUGUUAAUGCAUUGUGUUGCAGGGAUAGUUAGCAUGCUAACUAGCAAGUGCCGGGUCCAAAGGUCAAACAGUAUUACCCCAUUUUCCUCUGGUCAAAAAUCCCACUUAAACUAAUAAUAUUGAUUAAUUAAGAUCGGGCUUUUAUGUGCACUGGGAAUGUUCAAACUCGGCGUUUACACCCAGGUCAGCAGACUCGGCAGUAGACCGGGUGAACACGCUAAAUUCCAACACCGUGCAAAGUGAUGGCACGUUAUCAACAUCCGGUGGUGACGGGUAAAUAAAGAAGGAAUCUGGGAUGCGGUCUAUUAAGGACAUUUUAUUAGUGGACUCUGCGUUGGAGGUUCCAAUUAAAGCUGCUCCGUUGUGUUUUCAAGCCAAAAAAACUCAAAAUUCCCAGCUGUGAAAAUACCUGAAUCGCCGACCGAGGUGGUUAACUUCCGGUUUUAGCGCCCAGCAAACUUCAAUGAGGAUAAAAUAUUUUAAUCGUAGACUUGUGGCUCAAAUUAUGACAGUGAAACGAGUCGUUCUGCAAGGGACGUACCACAUGAUGUCUUUAAGUUUUAGAUAAAAAUCACAAGCUUGGCUGCGAAAAGUGGGAAGGGGGUCAACAGGUGAUUUUUAUCAGGUGUACCUGCGUUUUAAAAAAACCUGUGUAGACCCGCUAAUGUUGGUGGCAUAACUGAGCUGACUAGCCAAGGGCAGCUACAGUUAACAGCAGUUAGCAGUUAAUUGUUUUGAGUAUGAAUUUGACAGGUGGCCAAUUCUUACAUAUUGCACCUUUAAAAAGCUGUCAGCAGUUUGUAUGUGUCUGUGUGCGUGUGAGUGUGUGUGUGUGUGUGUGUGGAUGGUAGAGAGACACUCAGCUCUGCAGUGUGCUAAUGAGGUGAGUGGAGGUGGAGAGGGAGGAGGAGGAGGAGGUGGUGGAGGAGGAGGGGGGUCUACUGGUAAAGAUAAACAGCCGAGGAGCCUCUGAGCCAGAGGAACAUGGCGGCCCCGGCUCUGGACGCCGCUGCCGCUCCGUCCCGCCGCUGACCGACACCUCACCGACAGAGCGACGUCCCGCACGACACGCACCCUCAGCUCAUUCUUCUUCUUGUCAACUCUCAGAGAGGACUGAAUGAUGUCACAAGGUAACCCUUUGUGGAGGUCUACCCAAGAUGUUUUGCAUAUAAGGUGCUGAUAUUUGCUGAAGAUGAAUAGUGGGGGGGGAAACACCCCAGAGCCCCCCAGAGGGGGGGAGUCUGUGAAGAGGAAGGAGUGUCAGUCGGACAUCCUGGGCCCCAGCCCUAAGAGGAGCACUGAGAGGAGGAACCGGGAGCAGGAGAACAAGUACAUCGAGGAGCUGGCCGAGCUGAUCUUCGCCAACAUCAACGACAUGGACGACCUCAACGUCAAGCCGGACAAAUGCGCCAUCCUCAAAGAGACGGUGAAGCAGAUCAGGCAGAUCAAGGAUCAGGAAAAAGCUCCAGUGGCCGAUGCUGAGGAGGUGCAGAAGGCCGACGUCUCCUCCACCGGACAGGGUGUCAUCGAUAAAGACGCCCUCGGGCCCAUGAUGCUGGAGGCCCUGGACGGCUUCUUCUUCGUGGUCAACAUGGAGGGCAACAUAGUGUUCGUCUCGGAGAACGUCAGCCAGUAUUUGCGCUACCAGCAGGAAGAGCUGAUGAACACCAGCGUCUACAGCGUGCUGCACGUUGGAGAUCACGCCGAGUUCGUCAAGAACCUCCUGCCCAAGAGUCUGGUCAAUCAUCGCAGCAGUGAUUCGUCCAACAGAAACAGCCACACCUUCAACUGUCGCAUGUUGAUCAACCCUCAUGCCGACGGCGAAGCCAGGCCGACGUCCGACCAGCAGGACGCGUCACAGCAGAAGUAUGAGACCAUGCAAUGUUUCGCCGUCUCAGAACCCAAGUCUAUCAAGGAGGAAGGAGAAGAUUUCCAGUCGUGUCUCAUCUGUGUGGCAAGAAGAGUCCCCGUCAAAGAGAGACCUGUGAUGCCCACGUACGAGAGCUUCACCACACGGCAGGACCUUCAAGGUAAGAUCACGUCCCUUGACACCAGUCUGCUCCGUGCGUCCAUGAAGCCGGGCUGGGAGGAUCUGGUCCGGAGGUGCAUUCAGAGGUUUCACCUGCAGAACGAAGGCGAGAUCUCCUUCGCCAAGAAACACAUGCAAGAUGUGUUGAGGAACGGCCAUGCGCUCAGCCCUCUGUACAGAUUCUCCCUGGCAGACGGCACCAUCGUCUCCGCUCACACCAAGAGCAAGCUGGUCCGAUCUCCAGCCACCAACGAACCACAGCUCUACAUGUCGCUGCACAUCCUGCACAGGGAGAACAUGAGUGGCAUGACUGCAGACCAGGGCAUGGCCAAGCCAAUGACGCCAACCAGCGUGAGCGGUCCCUCCCCUUCCCCUGAUGCCAGUGUCACCAGCAACACGCACCACUCCGCCGCCGCCUCAAGUGGACGUGGUUAUGGGGCAGCAUCAGGUCGGGCGACCACGCCUCAGGGAAGCAGCCACGCACUCAAACUGGGCAGCCCCUCAGCCCACGGAAGCCCCAGCGUCACCUCAGGGGUCCAGGGUGCCAUGUUGUCUCCUCGUCAUCGCCAGAGUCCCAGCAUGGCAGCUAGCAGCAGCAGCUGCGGUAGCCCUCACCUCCCCCAACAUCCACCGGGUUCCUUCUCCCCUGCAGCCGGCCUCCACUCACCAGCAUCGGUGUGCAGCAGCACAGGAAACAGCCAAGGGUUCAAUUCCCUUAGUGCGCUGCAGGCCCUCACCCAGGGCCACAGGAUUUCCCAGGGACUCACUGAGGGCCAGCAUCCAGAGUCACCUGACAGAAAGCCAGUUGGCCUACAGAGCCCUCUUGACAGUAGCAGCGCUGGUAGCCAGCCAGCCAAGAACAAUCCCGGCUUAGAGGCCGACUUAUUUGGAACUUUUGAGGAGCAGCACGACUUGUUGUCAUCACAAAGCCAAGAGGGUGAGCAGGAGGAGGGGAGAGACGAUGACCCCGACAGCUUUGGAGGUGAUGGAAGCUUAGGGGAGCUCGGCGACGCCCAAAAUCGCCUUCUGAACACAAAAGGGCACACUAAGCUGCUCCAGCUCCUCACCACCAAAUUAGAACCCUCUGAUCCCUGCUCACCAACGCGAGCACUAGGCGAUGACCAGGACUGUAAGGAUGGUGGGAUUGGGGGUAUGGGUGGGGCCGGGCAUAACAACCACUCCACCUCGUUAAAGGAGAAACACAAAAUUCUCCACAGGUUGCUGCAGACCAGCACCUCGCCCGUGGAGCUGGCCAAGCUAACGGCUGAGGCUACCGGAAAAGACGCCAUCGGUCCAGAGUCAGCAUCGGGGGACAGCAUGGCCGCACUCGGUGAACUGAAACAGGAGCCGGGAAGCCCCAAAAAGAAGGACAACGCGUUGCUUCGCUAUCUGUUGGACAGGGACGAUAAUGGCAUCCUGGAUAAAGCCAUCAAGAUGGAACCUGGUGAAGGACCGAAGCUGUCUAAUGUUAAGACCGAGAAACAGGAGGCGGGUUUCAACAUGCCGGAUCAGUCCAGUGAGCUGGAGGACCUGCUGGAGGACCUGCAGAGUGGCGGCCAGCAGCAGCAGCAGCAGCAGCAGCAGCAGCAGCAGAUGUUUGGGAGCCAGCCGCCGGUCAGAAGACCAGCCUCCUCUUCAUCUGCAUCUUCCUCUGUGCCGCCUAGUUCAUCUGUGGACAAACAGACCAUCAUCAGCAACAUCCUGCAGAUGACGGACAGCAGCAACAGCAGCAGCAGCAGCCCCCCCAACCAGCACAGAGCCUUCCCUCCCAUCGGCCCCGCAACAGGCUUUAACAGUGCCAGGCCGGGCCAACCAGGUCGAGGUGCUCCCCCGGUCAGGAGUGCGUCUCUAGAUGGCAGCAUGGGUCCAAACCCCAGCGCUGCAAGGCCAUUUCCUCCUCAGCACAGGAACAACAGCCCCUACUCCUUACUGCAGCAGCAACAGCAGCAGCAAAGCAUGAUGGGAACCCACGGAGGCAUGACCAACCAGGCUGCGAUGGCCAAUGCAGGCAUGAUGAAUAACGGGUCGAUGCGGGGCUCCAUGCAGCAGGGCUGGGGUCCACAGGGGCCCAUGGGGGCCACCGCGGGGCCGAUGAUGGGCCAGGGGGUCGGACCCGGUCGCAUGGUCCCCAACAUGAACACUGUGAUGGCGACGAGAGGCUUGCCCGGGUCCAGAGCCAUGGUCAACAUGCAGAUGAUGGGCAACGAGAUGGAGAUGGCGACACCCGCCUACCCUCAGCAGCAUGCUCCACCCAAUCAGACUGCACCGUGGCCAGACAGAAUGAUGGCUAUGGAUCACUAUGGAAACCAAAGCAGGCCGCCGUACGGCGUCCCUCAGGGGGACGGGAUGGGUUGCUGCGGAACCGGACCCGAGGGCCAGCCAGAUGAAGGAGCCCUGCUGAGCCAGCUGUGCUCGAUGCUGAAGGACUACGAAGGUCUGGAGGAGAUCGACAAGAUGCUGGGAAUCCCGACGCUGGCUGGACAGGCACCUAUGUCGGAGCAGGACCAGUUCCUCGGCUCCCCGGAUCCAGCGACCAGCAUGAAGCCUCUCAUGUACAGUCAACACUACGGCGGCCAGCCAGGCUACGGCGGCAUGCCUCCCGACGGUGGGUUCCACGGCCCCUCCAUGAGCGGCCACAUGGGGCCGCAGAGGAUGACGCCCGCUGGUUACCACCCGAUGAUGAGGAUGCCUGGGAGCGUGGGGCCCAGACCGGUCGGGAUGAGGCCAGGGGGGCCGAAUCCAGGAGUGCCACCUCAGCCCAACAACAUGAGGCUCCAGCUGCAGCACCGACUCCAGGCCCAGCUGAACCGCCAGCCGAUGGUGAACCAGAUGAGCGGAGUGUCCAACAUGAAUCUACCUCUACGGUCUAACGUACCAAACCAGGGAACCCUCAACGCCCAGAUGCUGGCACAACGUCAGCGCGAGUACCUCAACAACCAAAUACGCCAACGCCAACAGCAGCAGCACGUGCACCAGCAGCGUGCCAUGAUGAUGCGGACCCAGGGCAUCAACAUGCCGCCUAACAUGCCCACCGGGGGCGCCGCUCCUACGCCGAUGCCCAUGGGCGGCACCAACCCGCGGCUGCCGCAGGGCAACCCGCAGCAGUUCCCCUACCCGGCCUCCAGCUACGGUACCGGCCUGCCCUCUCCUCCUCCACCUCCUCCUCCUCAUCCCGGCUCCUCCAGUCCCUUCUCCUCCUCUCUCUCCCCCAGCCAUCAUCUGACUAGCCAGGGCAUGAUGGGAAAUGUAGGCGGGCAGUACAGCGGGGUUAUGAGUCCGCCAUCACAGCACAGUGCCUUCCAGUUCAGCAGUUCAGGAAUGAGCCAGCAGCAGCAGCAGCAGCAACACCAGGACCCAGUGUCAGGCUUUCCAUGUGGGGCCGCGACCCCGCAGAGCCCACUGCUGUCCCCCAGGAUGGGGCAGGGUCAAAGCCCCAUGCUGCAGCAGAACCAGGGCCAGGCCCAACCCCAGGGUCCGAACCAGGGAGCACCUCCGGGCUACCAGGCGAGCACCGACCACAACGGAUGGCCCCAAGCUGCCAACAUCUCCACCAGCAACAGUGUGUACCCCCAACAGUCCCAGUCACAAUACUCCACACAGCCCAACGGAGGAAUGUACAGCAGCAACAACAACAUGAACAUGGCAGUCAUGGCAAACAACGCUGGCAACAUGAACCAGAUGUCGGGACAGAUGAGCUCCAUGAACACUGAGCAGGUGAGUGACAGCAGCCUGAUCCUGGAGCAGCUGGUGGAAAUUGACAUGUUAUCGCAAGACAGCGAAGCCAAUUCUAAUUUCUGCUGACCCCGGCUGAGGCUGAGACAAGGUAACACAGGAGCCAAUGCAAAAAAGAAAAUGAAGAAAAACACUGACGCCUCCUCAGCUCAGCUCUCGGUGGAGCUGUGAUGGAAACACUGCUGACUCGGUCACACCAGCCAACACAGAGGCACUCGAGAGAGACACGACAUGUAAAACCUUCUGAACUGCAUUCACUUCAGUGUGGCUCGCUACACUGAUUUAACAUUUUAUGCAAAAAAAGUCAGAAUUCACAGGGAGACUGAACCACUGAGCAGGAGGAUCUAACAAUCUGUGGACUCAGGGUGUUGUGGGGAACCCUGUAUUUUAGCUGUUAACUGUGGUUCUUGGUUUGAUCCUCAGUAAUCAGACAACACCAGUUAUAUUUAUCUGUUUUCUAUACGCUGUAAAUUCUCACAUACACCCUGGUAUCCAAACAACUUUGAGGCUGCUCCAAAAACCAAAUUCAUUCAAGAACGGGAGGUCUGUUUUCAAGAAAGGCUCCCUUCCUUCACUGAUUGGAAACAGACACAUUCAAGACAAACAGCAGUGAACUAAUGUGAGCACAACAGAAGACAGGGAGGGAAAUAACGACCGCUAUUUGAGAAUUUACAGUAGCUGUAGCAGUAUUAGUUUUAGUCCCAGGUUGCAGUACAUGGACCCACACAUGCAGUGUUAGCUGACAGUCUGCGCUCUGCUCAGAUGAAUGUAUGAUCCCUCUCGAGUCUCUGGAGGAGUGUUUUGGUUCUGUGUGUGUGUGUGAAACCGAAACAACUCGACGUCGCGGUUUGGCGCUGGAGAAGUCGAGCGGUCGACGGGUGUAAACGGCACCUCUGGAUUAUUAUUUUUAUUUUUAUUUUUUUUUACGGUUCUGUUUUAGAGCCUGACUGAAAAAAUGUCAAAUGAGAGAAAUAUUUUACAGGUAUUUAUAGUUUUGAAGAAGUUUUAGAGAUUAUUUGUAUGACACAAAUCAAGGAUAUCUUUCUUUAAGGAAAUCUCUCAAAAUGGUACAUUUUGAUGUCGAUUUUAAAAUUAAUAUAUUUCAACUGCUGUAGUUACAGGGGAGCUGUAUCCCUAUUUAAUGACUUUUUGAAUGAAGGUGAAUGUGUAUAGAUCGUGUACAUACUUAGAUUUAUAUAAAAGAAAAACAACCUUUUCCUCUAAGUGAUAUUGCAAAACGGCAGUUUGGAGAUUUAGUCCAAAACAUUUCUCAGAGAGCAAAAAUGUUUCAUCGGUCGAAUUAAAUCUCAGUGUUUGGAGCUUAAAGACCCACGAGACAACGAGACUACGGGUCAGUUAACUGACUUACUUCAAUGUCAAAGAUUGUACUGGACAAAAUGUCAACCAAGUGUUCAGAUACAGGCAGCAUGGUUGAGCAUGGGUUAGUUAAUGUGCAAGCUAACUGGCUUAUAAUCAACUCGCUAUUGCUAUUUUUCAAAAGAUUUGUAUGUUAUUGGCGAUUUUCACCAAGUAGAAAAAUGCUUGACACUCUGAGAUAUUUCUUUCUCUUGGUGUGUCGCUGCUGCAUUUUAGCCACAGUGGGAAUGUUGAUCAGUCCACCAUUUUGUGUCAGGGUCAAAUAUCUUUCAGAAAUUUGUUACAAACAUUCAAAAUUCCAGUACAUGAAGUAUAAAAAACUUGAAUAUCAUUUUGAUUGUAUGAAUAACUUUGUUUAUUGAACAAACACCUGUAAAACUAAUGACAUUCCCGUCAGUCUCAGCUGCUCUGUUUCUUGCUCUUGAGCGAAUCUUAACAUGCUAACAUGCUAACAUGCUAAAGCAGAAGAUAAGCUGCCGAUCCUGAUCAGAGCUGAAGUCAUACUGAUCGUAGGCAGAAUGUCUGCAGUCGGUCCAAACUUACAUGGUUGUUUUUUUUUCUCCGUCCACUGAGAUUUGACCAAUGAAAUGAUUUCUGCCUCUCCAGCAGCUUUGCCUCUAAAGACAACAACACGUGUACAUCAGCUGAUUAAACUCCGCGCUGCUGCGGUUCAUCUUGAAACGACACUUUCCGGCGGCGAUGUGCCACAUUACGAGCUCUCUGUCGCGAGGAAGGACGAUUCAAAAGCCUGUCGUUUGUGUCCAGACACAAUAAUAAUAUGUGAUGAUUAUAAAUUCUCUCAGAUGAAUGUCUCUCAGUUUGACCUGGCCCGUAUAAAAACAGAUGAAUGAUGCUGAAUUAAAGUUAAAGGAGACUACUAACAACCCAAAGCGAUGCGGGCUCAAACUGUAGCGUUUUUGGGAAAUGUCUCAUCAAAUCAAUUUGAAAGGUGCUCUGUUUCUUCAUUAGGUGCUGUCUCAUAUAAGCUUUUAAUUGUGUAACUGGCAACACAGACUUCUGAAUCCCUCCUGUCUUUUAUUUCAGCAGGUCCAGAAGUCUGUUAAACACACACUGUAAGAGAACUCUGCUUUAAAACAAACAAGAAAACAAGAAUGUGAAAAUGCAAACUGACUGCAGAAUGAAACACUGAAGAGUUUGUAUUUGUGGUUUGUUUCCCUCCUCGCGUCCUGUCAGCUCUCGGUACGGUGAAUUACAACUCCGGUGUGCGAGCAGAUUGUAAAAAAGAGAGAGAACGUAAAGCCGUGCAGCGUUCCUGAAUGUCAAACUCUCUGCAAAGAUUUUUAAAAAAGGCAAUCAGAGAGCGUGAACGUGAAUGCUCGUGUACAGAAACUCCUGAUGUCUUCAGAUGAAUUAUUUCCUCUUGAUUUUCACUGAUACAGCAUACGUACGUGUUGGAAGAAGAAGUUGUUUUUUUUUCUUAAUUCAUAGAUGGAUAUUUUAUCAACGGCAAAAUACUGUAAUUCAUGUAAAGUACCUUAAGAUGCUAAAAGACGAAGCAUAAUGCCUUAGAUCUGUGAUUCUCUGUCUGGUGUGGAACUGUCAACGGUUUACACGUGAGUCCCGUCCUGCUGAGCGAGUCUUCAAACUGUAGUUUUAACAAAUACACAAGCAGGAUUUUUAUAUUUUCCUCCCAAGAAGUGACGCUGGACGAGCUGUUCAGACCUGUUCAGACCUGUCAGCUCAUUAAUUAACAGAUUAAUAAUCCCGUGUUAGCAUUUUGUCAGCAAGACGCAAAUAAUUUGUAAUUUCAAUGUAUCGCUACGUGGAGUUUGACUUACUGACCUCCUGACAUUGACUAUUAUUAUUAUUAUUAUUAUUAUUAUUAUUAUUAUUAUUAUUAUUAUUAUUAACAGCCAGAAAUGGAGCAACCCCUCUUCCUGAUGGAAGAUUAUUAAAUUCUGAUAUUUAAUACUUACAAAAUUCAAAAUAUUACAGUUUCAAUCACAACAAGAAGUCCUGUUUGUGAAUUUUCAUCUUUCAAUAAUGUUUUUUCUCCCAAACUCUUUUUCUCUCAAAUGUUAAACUUUGUAGUUGUACAAAGACUAAAAUAAAAAGCUUAAACAGUCCAGACUUCAAACUUUAAACCUUCCACAGAUUGAAUGUACAUGAAAACAGAUAUUAUACUAAUUAGAAUAAAUGUCAAAUUGAAGCGGGAAAAUACUUUUUUCUUUGUUCAACAACUUGAGUGGCAUCACUGCGCUGUUUAAAGUAUAUUUCACAGAGAUCUUUGUCAGUUUUGUUAAAAAAAAUGCUUAUUUUUCCUUCUAACUUUUUUCUAUUUAAAGCCACAAUGUGUAGAACUUUUUUGAAAUCUUAAAUUAGUCUUAUGAAGUGAAACGAUCCUUUCUUUUGUGAUUCUCCCACUAGAUGGCGCUGACACACACAGCGGCUUUUUAAAGAAACAGUUCACCAAAAAAUUCAAACAUAGUCAUCGUCAUCCCCUCCAAAAACAUUUCUGGAGCUUCACAGUAAAACAGCGUUGCAGAGUUCUCCUGAACGACUGAAGUAACGGGUGACGUGUUUCUUGCUCGAGGCUCAAUCAUACGAUGACGUGAAAAUAACGUCUUUUCAAAUACAUUUUGGAUCUCUGGUCCUCCGUAGACUUGAAUUACAACAUUUAGGCAAAUUCUGCAGCACUGUUUCGCUGUGAAGCUCAACAAAACCACAAAACUUCACCUGACUUUCCAUCAGUACGGGGCUGAGAAGAGAAUGACUGAAGAGAAUUUUUUAAAUUAUCAGCAGGUUUGCAAAAAAAAAAACAAAAAACAAAAAAAACAACAAUGCAGGCAGAGAAUUAAAAAAUAUUUUCCAUUAUUCAGCGCUAAGCAACAGGUGUUAUUUUAAACAGUGUGCAGCUCAGUUAAAAAGAUUCAAAUAUUCACUCAGUAAAUCUACCGAGCCUCCACAGACGUCGGUUCUGAAGAGUUCUGCCCUGAUGUUCAUAUUAAAUAUCUCAGCAGUGACACGAAGUCCAGUCUGUACAGUUUAUGAUCACAGUGUGAGUGUGUUUAUUAUGCAAAAGUCCGGACGUUCACACCACUUUAUGCAAGCUGUCGACUCUAAUGUUGCUUUUGCCAAUGCUGCUCGUUAAUUUAUGAUUCAUGCCACUGUAAAUAAAUUAUUUUUAUUGAGCC